AUGCAACCUGAUAUGGCCGCUGUCAAAGACCGCAUGACACGAACAUUCUCCUGGAGACGACGUGAAAUCAUGGAAGGCAUGCCAGUAGAGGAAGUGCUCUCCAAAUAUCCCUUCUUAAAGAUGCCUGCUAUAUGUAUAGAUGAGGUUGACAGAAUUCACCCGACAGUCGUGGCAUUCUGUGACCGCUUCAGAGAAGGCUUUGUCGGUGUUUUGCCAAACAUACUUAAGCUGGCCCAGGGGAAGUCAACAGUGGCAAAACAGUACACUGAUGUCAGACAUGAUGCCCUGGUUGAAGACCUACCAGGAAUCGACUUGAGGGCUGGACUCAUUCUGUUGCCUUCAAUCUUCAGAGAAAAGAUUGAACAUUACAUCACUUUGGGAGAGAGGGAUGUUUCCACCCCGUAUCCAACGAUUCAACUGAUGGAGAAUGACUGGAAAGUGGCGAUGACCAGUACUGGGCCCAGUUUGGUGAAAGUGGAUGGCGUGGAUGUGUGCCAGUGCACAACUUUUGAUGAAGCUUUCAUAACGGCCUACAGUAUGUACUUCGUGUUCAACAUUGCAUACCCACCUCACCUGAAAAACACUUUGAGCUUUCUUCAGCGGCGCAUUGUCAGCAUUGUGGAAGAGGGAGACAAGACUCUGCCAAUAACUGUGCUCAGAAUAAUUAACCAAUUUUGA